AUGCGUUUCCAGGCUGUCUGUGUGCCUCUGGCGCUGCUCUUGAAUGGCGUCUCAGCCGACUGCAACUCGGACAAUUGCGCCCGAGCCGUGACGGGAACGCGUCGCGGUGAUGCUUUCGAGACUACAGCCAAGGCGGACUGCAGCCGCUUCAUGACCAAGACGGUGACUGGUAGUGUCGUGACGGUGACAAACACUGUGACAAUUACUGGCGCCCCCAAGGCUUCCGAUGUCACUGUUAUGAACCGCGACAUGACGGUACCGUCGUAUGCCUCCGCCUGCUCCGGUACAAGCCGCUACUCAAGCGCCUGCUCGUGCUGGGGCAUCACUGCUGGUACCACUACGGUCCAUCCUACCUCUGUCGUUACCACCACUGUCACCCAAGUCCCUGGCCCGACUUACACGCCGCCUGUCCCCUCCACCUACGACGGCUGCGUCCUGGACCCGGCCGACACGGAGGGCGACUUUGACCUUCUCGAUCCCACGUCGGCCCUGCCCAUAAUCAAGAAUGGCAGCCUUGCAGUGGUUGUCCAGGAGAUCAAGGGUCCUUGGGUACCUGUCCGCUACAAGACGGUUAAGGCAUCCGGCGCUCCCAACGGUGUCUAUGAUAUCCAGCUGGUUGCCGAUGGCGCGCCUCAAUAUCUGGCCGUCUACAAGUCCGGCAAGGUUGGCUUCGUGAGCACAAGCUCUAACGGCCAGACCUACACCGGGGACGGAGAUGACAAGUAUGUAACCUCCAUCUUCUCCUUCACCUGCAAGGGCCGCCUCGUCGCGGGCAUCGCCGGCGGCAGCGAGUUUCACUUCUCCAUCACAACCGACCAGCGCGUCGCCGCCACAUACGGCGGCAGCAGCCCCAAGACUAAGCGCGACAUCCCCGUGCCCGAGGGCUUCUACAUCAUCCCGUCCCAGGUCCACGGCGCGCCGCCCGGCCAGCGCUGCCCGUCCGGGCAGACGGCCGUGUCCAACGGGCUGACGCCGACGGCCAACGGCUGCGGCGCCAAGGACGGAAUCAAGGUGCCGGACCUGUCCUUUGGCGAGUGCUGCAACGGCCACGACAUCUGCUACGGUACCUGCAGCGAGGAGUUCAGCCCCUGCAACUCCAAGUUUCUGAGCUGCAUGGUGCAGUCGUGCACCAAGUUCGCGGCCGCGCCGCUGCUGUUCCUGGCGUGCAACGGCGCGGCGUCGACGUACUACCUCGCCGUCCAGUUCUUCGGCAAGGACGCCUUCGCGGCGGCCACCAAGGAGAUGUGCGACUGCAAGUGCAGCGACAAGACCAAGACGGCCUGCGGCGACAAGUGUGUCGACACCAACAACGACCCCGAGAACUGCGGGAGCUGCUACUUCCACUGCCCUUCCGGAUCCUGCACCAACGGCGCGUGCUCCUUCAACUCGUGCACCGGCAGCACCUGCGGCAGCUUCGGCUCCUGCGGCCCCGGCGGCAGCUGCGUCUGCGCCUCCAUCACUGGCGGCAAGGGCUUCUGCGUCAACGGCCAGACGCCGUGCAGCGGCCUCGCCGACUGCGGCACCAGCGCCGACUGCCCGCUGGGCAGCGUCUGCGCCGUGGGCACGUGCUGCCAGCGCAACGUCUGCAUCACGACAGAUGCCUGCGGCGGCUUCACCAAGCCGCAGAAGCGAGGCUGGGUGAACGCGACCAUCGCCGAGCCGGUGCGAUGGGUGGACGACUUUUAG